AUGAGCACUGUCGCGGCAGACGAAGAGACCGCGAUCUCCGGCGAGACGUUCGGCGAGUCGCCCCGCCAGACGCCUCCGUCCAGCAGCGCAACAGAACAAAGCGCGCCGACUGUGCCGCGCGACGUCUUGGCGGAGAUUUCUGCUUUGCGGGAGAGAGUGCAGUUUCUGGAGCGGCUGGACGGUGCCGACUUGGUUUUGGACGACGAAGAACCACUCCCGAUACGGCGAUCUACCCGGCGUGCGCGGAAAUGGGUGCAGAGCACAGAGACCAAGGCCAACGAACGGGCGCCGGAGCGCGUCAAGCUCGGCAACGGCGAUGGCCAAAGUGGCGACGCGGUCAGCACCGGGGAAGUCAAAAACGCCAUAGGCCAUACUUCCAGGAACGGAAGGCGCUACUUUGCAACUAUAAAAGAGUAUGACUAUUGGUUUGACAUGCAUAAGCAGCCCAUCGAAGGCCAGCGCAUCCCCGCUUCGCUCCGGCCCGUCUACACCGGCAAGCUCGGCCCGCGCAACCAGUGGGACCCGGACGAGGGCGGCGACUGGGACAGCGACGAGUCGACGCGCACGCGCGACUUUGACUACUUCCAGGCGCGGCUGCGCGGCGACUUUGAGUGGGAGAUUGACCGUCUGAACAUGCAGAAGCGGCGCUACGCCGCCUUCAAGAAGAAAAAGCAGCAAAAGGAGGACCUGAAGCGUCUGCGAGCCCGGGCGGACCAGCGACAAGCCGACGGCACCGAGCACGGCCUGGCACCGCACGGCGCCGAGACCGCGCACACCUUGCCCAAGAUGGAAACCCUGGACUGGGCGUCCUUCUCCAGCAUCUUCUACGGGCAGCGGCAGCCGUUCUCCGUCAUCUGCAUUUUGGCGGGCGAGCCCAAGAUCUCCACCACGGUCCCCUUUCUCAAGCACCUUUUCAAGCCGCAGGUCGCCCAGAGCACGGCCGACAAGGACAAGCCGCUGGUCACGUACAACGGCCACACGGCGCUGCCGGAGCGCAUCUGCAUCAGAUCCGAGCCCCUGAUCAAUCUGCUGGCGCGCAUCUGCGACACGGAAAUCCAGCCUGGCAGCGAAGAAGACGACGCCAAGGUCGUGCUGCUGCGUCCCUACCGUAUGCUGACGCACCACGAGGCGAACAUCCGCGACAUGUACGAGAAGCUCAAAGAGGAGACCGCCCGGAUGCGGGAGAACCUGCCCGGCAUCGACGCUGAACCACCGGCAGCUGCUGACCAGGCUGCUGACCAGGCUGCUGACCAGGCUGCUGACCAGGCUAGUGCUGCUGUCGCGGACACCGUCCCCGAGGCCUCCCCGGUGCCCGCUGUUGUGCCACCACACCCGGAAUACAAGAAAACCAAGACCGAGCUCGAGCUCCUGGGCUGCCUGAUCGGGUUCAUGGACGACUACCUUGCCAAGCGCAUGGCGUGGCUGCGGUCCGUGCGCUGCGAAAAGAUGUUCUUCUCGGACAUCUGGCACCUGUACCGGCCCGGCGACUUUGUCAUCUCGACCACCGGCAAGCAGGCCUACCAGGUGGUCUCCGUGGACGCCGGCAAGCACAUUGGCAAGGACCCCUUCAGCGCCUUUGGCAAGUGGAAGGACAACGCCGACGACAAGCGCGACAACGAAGCCCAGAGCGCCGUUCUCAACUGCGUCUACAUCGAUUACGACGGCACCGCGCUCGGCCCCGUCGUUCACGAGGUGGUCGUCAAGAAUUUUGACGGCGAGCGCAUGAUCUCCGCCAUGGAUGUGCUGCCGCUGCGCCACCACGUCGCCAAGAGCCCCGAGGUCGCGCGCGCUGUGACCGGCCUCAAGGACAAUGCUGAGGCCGUCGAGCAGCUGCUCGACGACGAGGUCGCGCGCUUGGAGAAGCGCCUGAUGGAGCGCGGCCACCGGUUUGUGGACGUGGCGGCCGUCAAGCACAUGUACUAUGCCGGCCUGACCAUCGACAAACGCGACGAGGUUGAGAGCCAGGUCAUGAUCGACGUGCAAGAGGCCUUUGGCGAGGAAGAGAUCGGCGAGCAGCGGCCCACCUUCAACCGCAUCCCCGGCAUAUACGAGGACCGCAGUCGCGGCGAGGCCACGUGCAGCGCCGAGUGCUGCAUCGGCCAGAACGUACACAGCGACAUUCUUUUGCAGGCCAAGGCGCACGAGGCGUUUGUGGCCAGCAAGAUGGAAGCCCACGAGGGCCACACUAGCAACGCCGACCCCAGCCAGACCACGCAGCCGCCCGUCUCGCUGUUUCCGCGCAACCUGGCCGAAGUCAAGGCCGACGUCAGCAUCCUGAGCAAGGCUGAUCUCAUGAUCAUGUCGUACUGUGUCUACGGCUUUGUCCUGCGGGACCGUUCCUGGGCACGACUGGACCUGGACAAUGUCAGCGACAUUGACAAACCAGCUGGAUCUGGGGAUGCCGCCGCCGACAACGACGAGGAAGACGAUGAUGACGACGACGGCGCCGGCGCCGGCGGCAAGACGGCCUUUUCCCGCCUCGUUUUGCCUGGCGGACACAAGCGCAUGGUCCUGUCGCUGGUGUCGCAGCACUUCCGAAACAAGGCCUCUCAGAAGCACCGCGACGAACGGGUGGACAUUGUCAAGGGCAAAGGAAAGGGCCUGAUCAUUCUUCUUCACGGUGCUCCAGGUGUCGGAAAGACGACCACCGCUGAGGGCGUGGCCGAAAAGUUCAGCAAGCCGCUGUUCCAGAUCACAUGCGGCGACCUCGGCAGUGAUGCCAAAGAAGUCGAGGAGUCCCUGCAGAAGAAAUUCUCGCUGGCCAGCCGAUGGGACUCCAUCCUGCUGCUCGACGAGGCCGACGUGUUCCUAGCCGCCCGCCGGCGCAACGACUUUUCCCGCAACGGACUGGUAGCCGUGUUCCUCCGCGUGCUUGAGUACUACGCCGGCAUCCUCUUCCUCACCACGAACCGCAUCGGCGACCUCGACGAGGCCUUCACCUCGCGCAUCCACAUGAUCCUGCACUACCCGCGGCUCGAGGAGCUGCCCACCGUCAAGAUCUGCCGCCUCAACCUGGCCAUGAUCCGCAAGCGCUACAUCGACGCUGGGCGCUCCAUCAAGAUCGACAAGGACGCCAUCGAGGAGCACAUCCGCGACUACUGGCGCGACAACGACGAGGCGCGCUGGAACGGCCGCCAGAUCCGCAACGCCUGCCAGACCGCGCUCGCGCUCGCCGAGUACGACGCGCAGCCGUCCGACAAAAAGUACGACCUCACCGUGCAGUCCGACGCCAAGGUCCACCUCAAGGUCGGCCACGUCGAGCGCGUGUCCGACGCCUACCUCAAGUUCUUCGACUACCUCAAGAAGGUGCACGGUACUGACAACGAGACGCGCGCCAAGGAGCUCGGUCUGCGCGCCAUGGAGAUAUUUGACGAGGACGACCUCAUGGCGGCAACGACGAGGCGUCGAGGGCGUGGGCGGCGGUACCACGGUGGACGGCACAGCGGCAGCGGCAACCCGCUGCAUCAGUUCCAACUCCCCGGGGCCGGCAACCCGCCGGCCAACCAGCAGCCGCCUAAACAGCCACCGCAAGCACAGCCACAGGCAACGUGGGCGCAAGACCAGAGCCGGUCGCCAAACCCGUCCUACCAGCCACAGAGACAGCAGCCGGGCCCCACCGAUGCCUACGGCCCGCCCCCUCCGAUGGAUCCGCAGACCCACGGGGCUUCCGCGUACGGCUCGGGCCAACCCUACGUUGCGCCGCCGAACAACCAGCGGCUGGCACCCGGCCAGGCGUAUGACCGACCUGUGGCACAGGCGUCCUGUGAUCCGCAGUACGCACAAGACGUGCCUCACUCGGCCCCAUAUGCUGGACAAUCCCAUGUGCAGUCCGGCUGGAACCCGGCCCCGGCCGAUCCAGGUGCGCCGCCGCAGCCAUACCAUGCGCCGAGCGCCUACCCGCAGAACCCUCAAGGUGGCCGGCCUUGA